AUGCGCUACCGACAGCUCUUUGCAGCGGCGCAGCCGAUCCUUGCGGUCGGGGCCGUCAUUCAUAUCCAGCCGGCGGCCCGGGACAUUGACAACACGCAGCGGUUUGGCGAGAACCCGAUCCGCAGCUUCCACACCGAGUACCUCGGGGCGCAGCUGUCGGCCAACAGCUGCAACGAGCGCGACCUCGGCUUCGCCGGCCACAUCCAGGGCAAGUGGUUCGGCGUCUACGGCGACAACAUCGGCUGCGCGCCGGGCGUCCACGACCCGGACCAGGGCGACCACGUCACCCACAACUUUGUCCGCGACUCGGUCGCCGCGCUGACGGACAACCCGCUGCUCGUCAUCGACCAGAACCUCGACGGCAGGGGCUACCCGCAGCAGUUCACGCCGUGGAUCUCAUGGUGGGGAGAGACGGCGGAGACGGGCUUUGGCGGCACGAGCGUGGUGGAAACGGACUGGGACUCGGCGACGGGAGCCAUCUACUACCUGAUUAACGAGCAUGAGGACUAUGCUCACGCGGGAAUCGGCAAGGUUCAGAUCCAGAAUGGCUCGCUCCGCAUGAUUGAGCGUCUCGGCGCCAACGGCUGGUGGUGGGACACCAACAAGACGGCCAAAUGGGGCGAUACGUGUGCGUACCGCGACGAGCGCGGCGAGUACAUCUACCUCCUCGGCAACCCGCCCCAGACCCAGAAAGGCGCCGCGGCGCAGUACAUCUACCAGGCGCGCGUCAAGGCCACCGAGGCCUUUGACCUGAGCCGGUACGAGUACUGGUGGGGUCGUCAGCGAGGCUGGCGAUCGGAGCUCCUCGACACCUUCAACGCCGAGACGGCCGUCAUGUGGGGAGCCGGGCAGGGCUCCAUGGUCUACAGCAACUUUCACAACUGCUACUUUUACGUCCACACAUACUUCACCGGCAAGGUCCUCAUCAGGACUGCUCCCAGCCCCGAGGGACCAUGGAGUGCAGAUGUAGAGGUGUAUAGCACCACCCCGUUCAAGGAUUACAUUUACGCCGGGGUCGCGUACCCGUACCUAGACAUUGGCUCCAAGACUCUGACAAUGGCUUACACAAACCAUAACCACAUCGAGGUUAUAAAGACGACAUUCUAUUAG